AUUGCACCUGUAUUUAUGCAAGGGCUGCAAAAAACACACACAAAGAUUGCUCAGAGUAAAAGAAGUGGAAAACAAGCCUUGCAGAACAAUGAGAAAGAGGGAAAGAAGGAGCGAGCGAUGGUGGACAGAUUGUUUAUUGCAAGGAUAUGUCGAAUCCUGAAAAUAAUGGUCCCUAGAGCAUUUUGUAAGGAGACAGGUUAUUUGCUGCUUAUUGCUGUAAUGCUGGUAGUCCGCACAUAUUGUGAUAUUUGGAUGAUUCAAAAUGGAACAGUCAUUGAAAGUGCUAUCAUUGGUCGCAGCAGAAAAGAUUUCAAGAAAUACUUGUUCAACUUCAUUGCCGCAAUGCCUGCCGUAAGUGCUUUUCUUGGAUUUAAGAUAUUUUCGGCUAUAAGAAUGGCACAAAUUAAAAAUUUGAGGAAAAGAUUUCAAAUGGGUGUCUCAGUGUCUGUGGGAAGUAGUUGCUUUAUGUGAAGGUCUGUAUUGAACAGUUAUAAUUUUCUGGCUUCAGUAUGUGAGAGACUAUUGGCACAUUUCUGCAUGCUUGCUGAUUUUGCUGUUAUGUUUUUCAGGUUGGUUUUGUUGGUGGUAGUUUUAGUCAACUGCAUAGUAUGCAGCUAACUGCAUUAGCAUAGUAUGCUAAUAUCUUUUUAGUAGGACUGCCUUGUCUCGUUCUGUGAAUUGGGUGAUGUUUAGCAAUGUAGUUUUAGAAUUUUUUGACACAAUCGAAGAACUCUUUUCCGUUUUCUAGCUUUAAAUUUCUUACAACUCUUUUCUAAGACUUGAGGUUUUUUUCCCAUUGACUUUUCCUUCAGCUUUUGAAAAUCUGACCCCCGCUGGAUUA